CGCCCUGCCCGCCGCAGGGUCCCGCCGGCUCCGCCGCUCCGGUGCCGCCCGGGCCUCGCCGCUGCCCGCGCCGCCGCUCCGGUGCCGCCGGCGCUUCCCAGCUGCCGGCGGCUGCCGCGCCCGCGCCGGAGCGUGCGCAACAGGCGGGCCCCGGCGGAGCUUCGUGAGCCCUCGCUGAGCGGCCGCGGGCGGCGAGCGAGCGCCCGCCCGCCCGGGGCCGGGCAUGUGCGGCGGGGCGACGGGCAGGGCGCCCGGGCAAGGGCGUUUGAAGGAAACGUGAGGCGAGGCGGCGGCGGCGGGAUGGAGGCGGCGCCGCGGCGAAGCCCCGAGCCGCGGGAGAAGCCGCCGGUGCUGGACGGGGAGGCAGCGGGAGCGCCGCCGGGGACGUCGGGCGCGGCCCCGGCCUCGCCGGCGGCGACGGAGCAGAUCGUGGCGGAGGGCGAGGCGGCGGCGGCGGGCACGUUCGUGCAGCGGCAGCUCGGGGCGAUGCUGCAGCCCGCCGUGAACAAGUUCUCGCUGCGCAUGUUCGGCAGCCACCGGGCCGUGGAGAUCGAGCGGCAACGGGUGAAGUCGGCGGGCGCCUGGAUUAUCCAUCCCUACAGCGACUUCAGGUUUUACUGGGACCUCAUCAUGCUGCUCCUGAUGGUGGGGAAUUUGAUCAUCCUGCCCGUGGGCAUCACCUUCUUCAAGGAUGAGAACACCCCUCCCUGGAUCGUUUUCAACGUGCUUUCAGACACUUUCUUCUUGGCUGACCUGGUGCUGAACUUCCGGACAGGCAUCGUGGUGGAGGACAACACGGAGAUCAUCCUUGACCCUCACACCAUCAAAAUGAAGUACUUGAAGAGCUGGUUCCUGGUGGACUUCAUUUCCUCCAUCCCUGUUGACUACAUUUUCCUCAUUGUUGACCUGGAGACCCAGGUGGAUUCUGAUGUCUACAAGACAGCCCGGGCCCUGCGCAUCGUGCGCUUCACCAAGAUCCUCAGCCUGCUGCGCCUGCUGCGCCUCUCGCGCCUCAUCCGCUACAUCCACCAGUGGGAGGAGAUCUUCCACAUGACGUAUGACCUGGCCAGCGCCGUGGUGAGGAUCUUCAAUCUCAUCGGGAUGAUGCUGCUGCUGUGCCACUGGGAUGGCUGCCUCCAGUUCCUGGUUCCCAUGCUGCAGGACUUCCCUGAGGACUGCUGGGUCUCCAAGAACCACAUGGUGAACGACUCGUGGGGGAAGCAGUACUCGCACGCCCUGUUCAAGGCCAUGAGCCACAUGCUCUGCAUCGGCUACGGGCAGCAGGCGCCCGAGGGCAUGACCGACGUGUGGCUCACCAUGCUCAGCAUGAUCGUGGGGGCCACCUGCUACGCCAUGUUCAUCGGCCACGCCACCGCCCUCAUCCAGUCCCUGGACUCGUCCCGGCGCCAGUACCAGGAGAAGUACAAGCAAGUGGAGCAGUACAUGUCAUUCCACAAGCUGCCCGGGGACACGCGCCAGCGGAUCCACGAGUACUACGAGCACCGCUACCAGGGCAAGAUGUUUGACGAGGAGAACAUCCUGGGGGAGCUCAGCGAGCCGCUCAAGGAGGAAAUCAUCAACUUCAACUGCCGCAACCUGGUGGCCAACAUGCCCCUGUUUGCCAACGCCGACCCAAACUUCGUGACGGCCAUGCUGACCAAGCUGCGCUUCGAGGUCUUCCAGCCUGGGGACUUCAUCAUCCGGGAGGGCACCGUGGGCAAAAAGAUGUACUUCAUCCAGCACGGGGUGGUCAGCAUCCUCACCAAGGGCAACAAGGAGACAAAGCUGUCUGAUGGCUCCUACUUUGGUGAGAUCUGCCUCCUGACACGGGGCAGGCGCACGGCCAGCGUGAGAGCCGACACCUACUGCCGCCUCUACUCCCUGGCCGUGGAUAACUUCAACGAGGUGCUGGAGGAGUACCCCAUGAUGCGCAGGGCCUUCGAGACCGUGGCCAUGGACCGGCUGGACCGCAUAGGGAAGAAGAACUCCAUCUUGCUCCGCAAGCGAGCCGAGCACAGCUCGGGGCCCUUGAACAAUGAGAUGAUCCAGCAGAUCGUGAAGCACGACCAGGACGUGGCCCACAACAUUCAGGACCUGCAGCAGAUGGCGAUGGGCCGGGAGCUGAGCGGGAAGCCGGUGAUCUGGGAGCCGCUGGUACACGCUCCUCUGCAGACGGCCGCCGCCACCACCAACGUGGCCAUCGCGCUGACCCACCAGCACAGCCUGCAGGCCCACAUCUUCCUGCCGCCCUCCUCCAUCUCCAGCCCGCUCUCCCCUGAGGCCACCCUGCUCACCAAGCCGGUGCGCCGCUCCCAGCCCAGCCUGGGGGGCUCCCGGCCCUCCUCCGUGAGCUCCCCGUCCGGGGUGCAGUCCCACCUCCAGACGCCGGCCGCCGGCUCGCCCUCCUCGCCCAUGGUCCAGUCGCAGGCGCCGCUGGAGAGCGGGGGCCAGAGACCCAGCCCCGGGGCGCAGCCCCUGCCCCGCGCCGGGCAGAGGGGGGAGAUGCCAGCGGGGGCCAAGCAGCCCCCGGCUGGCCCCCAGCCCCAGCUCUCCCGCUCCCGAGGCGCCUCGCUCUCCACCUCGCUGCUGCAGCAAGCGGCGGGCGCUGCGUCCCCCAGCUCCGAGCAGGCGCUGCCGCCGGGAAGAACGCUCCACUACAGCCUGUCCCGGGCCACGGGCUCCCACAUCUCCCUCCUGAUGCAGCCCCAGCAGCUGGUGAAGCACAGGAGCAUCCAGGGUCUGCCGGUGGGGCGGCUCACCCAGGAUGUCCGGCUCCUCUCUGCCUCCCAGCCCUCCCUUCCCAAUAAAGUGGCCCAGCAAGCCGACGGGAGCUCCUUGAAGCAGGGCAGGAAAUCUGCAGGGAACCUGGCCCGCAGGUCCUCGCCCUCGGUGGCCGGACUCCUCGCCAAGCCGUGUGCGGGGGUCCCGGGCCAGCCCGCACACUCGCAGCAGAUGCCUCCAGGACCGCUGGCUCAGCCCGGCCGCUCCACGGCGGGAGCAUCCACGGCCCAGUCCCCGGGCUCUGCAUCCAGGCAGGCAGCAGGGCCCUCCCGCAAGGGUUCCGUGGCCUUCAGCCCCGAGGUGGAAACGGCGAAGCCCAAACUCCCAUCCAACAUGUGAGUCCUGGCGGCACCCAGCAAGGCAGGAGGGACCCGGGCACCCCGGCGGCAGAGGAGGCAGCAGAAGCAGAGCACCAGGCCCGCGGUGUCGGAGGGAGAAUGAGGUGAGAGGCAGCACCCGGGGCCAUGGAGGGGCUGUUUCAGGCACGGGGGCACGGCAGGGAUGAGCAUGGGGCUAGCCCCAGAGCUGGCCCAGCCUGGAUGAGGAGGGGGCUCUGCUGACUGCUCCAAGGGGGUCACCCUGCCUGGGCUCUCCUCUCCUUGCUCAUCACAGUCUGAGUUCUGCCCUCAUCCUGGAGACAUAGGACAGGUCAGAGCCCUUGCCCAAACUCUGGCCUCUCUGGGGAGCUCAGCUCCCCAUAACUGCCCCUUGGGGGCCGGGCCCCCCAAGCUCUGUGCUGCGUGUCCCACAGCCUGACUUUGGGGCCAGGCUGGAGCUGACAGCUCCUCCAGCUUGUGCUCUGUCACAGCAGUGGCUGCCCCACGCCCACCUCGAUCCCCAGAUUGCUCUGCCCAGCACCUUUGCCUUUAGGGUGAGGAGGGAGAGGCAGCCCCCUGGGUCCACUGCCCAGUGGAGGGAGGAGGCUGGAGCCCAUGGCAGGGGCUCCCUGAGCAGGCAGAGCGUGGGGGUCCAGGGCCAGCACGCCCCCUUCCCAGAGUGCCAGCACCUGGGGGUCCCGGGCAGGGCUCCCCUGGUGUGAGGAGUGCCAAGGGGCAAUGCUGGGGGCGGAGGGCUCUCCACUGAGCAGCCCCUCAGUCCCUCUGCCCAGCUUGUGGGACCGUUUUGCCUCAGAGGCGCUGAGUCCCAGUGAGAUUGGGAUGUGCUGCUGGGCAGGGCUCUGCCCCACACCCGGGCACUGUGGCUGCCCUCCCACGUGCCCCCGUGGGGGCAGCCUGGGGGGAUUCUGCUGCCUGCAGCUCCAGGAGGACGCUCAGAGGGUCAGUCCAAGAGGAUCCCUCUGUGGCUGCAGAAUGAUAUCCAGAAGGUCAUCUGGAAGGACCCUUCUGUGGCUCCAGGAGGAGGCUCACAGGGUCACCUGCAGGACCCUUCUGUGGCUCCAGGAGGAGGCUCACAGGGUCACCUGCAGG